GCUUCGCCGAAGACGAAGUUGAUCUCUCUGAUGAGGUUGACUUGUUGACCCCUAGUUAUCCCGUAGUCGAUGAAGAUUUGGACGAUGAUGAUCAACUUCAAAUGAUGCUUCAGCAACAAUAUGCACAAGAAAUACCCGAUGUUGUUAAAAAUUUCAUUGUAUAUUUUCACCGUAACGUUCUUGAAAAUAAUGUCUACGAGUUACAUGGGAUCUACGAAAAUUCGUUCAAUCGAUUAACGGAAAAGUUUUACAUGAAGACGCCAUGGCCAGAAGCAGAUUUCAUUGCCCCAUUGGUUAACGAUG